UCUGAUUGGCUGUGGCGGCAAUGCGACGUGAUGAGGCUGUUGCCGUUGUUUCAUUUGCACAGUUGUAAUCGGGCUCGGGCGCCAUUUUGGUACACCCUGACCCUGCUGAGGGGUCCCCCCAGUUUUAGGGACUGUACAGUGCCGUUGUCACACAAUCUCGGAAUAAAGGUUUUUUUGUAUGGCAUCUAACAAUGCCCGCAUGUGCUGCCAUUAACUGCACAAGCCGACAAACACGUGGAUGUGGAAAGUCUUUUCACCGAUUUCCACAUGGACGACCAGAGAUUCUGAAAAAAUGGGUUGUGAAUAUGAGGCGCAAUACAUUUAAACCUUCCUCCAAGGCAGUGCUGUGCUCAGAUCACUUUGAAGAGUACUGUUUUGAUAGAACUGGCCAGACAAUUCGACUGAGGGUAGAUGCUGUGCCAACAGUCUUUUCUUUUCCUGGGAAAUCGAGAAAGGACAGAAAAUUACAGAUCUCAACUCCAAAGCUUGAGUAUGAGGAUGAGCAGUUUUGUUUCCCACCUCCAUUACUCCCAGAACAGAUGCCUACUCAAAACAUAGUUGAAAAACGGGUUACCUUGGAACACGACUAUUGCAUUAUGGACAGCCCAAAGGCUCUGAAAAAACGGCUUGAUGAAGCCUUAAGCACCCUUCACAAUGUAAAAAGGAGACUGAAGAUCACCCAACAAAAGUUCAGGAGGCUAAAAUUCAAGGUUCAGUCUCUUGAUCUUUCUGAUGAUCCUGUGUAAGGGAUAAUGGACUUUAAGUGACUUUAUAAAAGUGCUUUGAUACGGCUUUAUCCAUAUGUAUUCUAUAGUCAGACAAUGUACAUACAGAGUUUUAUACUUAGAAGCCUUAUUUGUGUAAGUGUGAGAUUUAUGAAGUUCUAAAAUGGAAUAUAAGUAAAACAAUUAGUGUAUAACUA